GCCAAGAUGGCGGCGGCGCCGUGACCUGGAAGCCGUCGGCCGGGCCGCGCCGCGCCGCGCCCGCCCCCGUGGUGCGGCGGGCGGGAGGGCCGUGGGCGGGGAGUCCCGUGACGGCUCGGGGCGCACGGAGCGGGGCCGCCGGGGCCGGGGGGGUGCGCAGAGCGCCGCGGGAGGAUGGCGGAGCCGCACGAAAUACUAAUACGGAGUGCUUGACCUUCUAAUCCCUAACAGCUGAAUCUCCUGAGGAUUAGGAAAGAGUGCCUUCAGAACCAAUAUGUAGCAAAUGGGUAUCGUACCUCUGAAGCUCCUCCCUUGGUUCAACACGUGCAUGUUUUAAGGAUCCUUGUAGCCUCAGCAGUGAGUUGUUCUCAUUAACUUCAGAAACGGAUUUCAUGUGGUGCUUGCUAAACAUUGAGUCACCAUGAGUAGUAACCUGGGAAAAGAAAAGGACUGUAAAGAGAAGGAUCCAAAAGUCCCAUCGUCAAAAGAAAGGGAGAAGGAGGCCAAAGCCUCUGGAGGAUUUGGGAAAGACAGCAAAGAGAAGGAGCCUAAGACCAAAGGGAAAGAUGCCAAAGACGGAAAGAAGGACUCCAGUAGCACGCAGCCUGGGGUAGCUUUUUCAGUGGACAAUACGAUAAAAAGACCUAAUCCAGCCACAGGUACCCGCAAAAAAUCCAGCAAUGCUGAAGUGAUCAAAGAGCUAAAUAAAUGUCGGGAAGAGAAUUCAAUGCGCUUGGACUUGUCCAAGAGGUCUAUACACAUGCUUCCAUCCGCUAUCAAAGAGUUAACGCAGUUAACAGAACUUUAUUUAUACAGUAACAAACUGCAGUCUCUACCAGCUGAGGUGGGCUGUCUUGUGAACCUGAUGACACUGGCCCUGAGUGAAAACUCACUCACCAGUUUGCCCGACUCUCUGGAUAACUUGAAGAAACUGCGCAUGCUUGACCUGCGGCAUAACAAACUGCGAGAGAUCCCGUCGGUGGUGUACAGGCUAAGCUCUCUCGCCACUCUUUACCUACGCUUUAAUCGUAUAACUACUGUGGAAAAGGAUAUCAAAAACUUGUCAAAACUCACCAUGCUUAGCAUACGAGAGAACAAAAUCAAGCAACUACCUGCUGAAAUUGGUGAGCUGUGUAACCUCAUAACGCUGGAUGUAGCGCACAAUCAGCUUGAACACCUUCCAGAAGAGAUUGGAAGUUGCACACAGAUCACCAACCUUGACUUGCAGCACAAUGAGCUCUUGGACCUGCCAGAAACCAUAGGAAAUCUGUCCAGUCUAAGUCGUCUUGGCCUGAGGUACAAUAGGCUGUCAGCAAUUCCGAAGUCUUUAGCAAAAUGCAGUGAACUUGAUGAGCUGAAUCUGGAGAACAACAACAUUUCUACUUUACCAGAGGGUCUUUUAUCCAGCCUUGUCAAACUGACUAGUUUAACGCUGGCCAGGAACUGCUUCCAGUCCUAUCCUGUGGGUGGCCCGUCCCAGUUCUCCACAAUCUACUCUCUCAAUAUGGAGCACAACCGCAUCAAUAAAAUCCCCUUUGGAAUUUUCUCUAGAGCUAAAGUAUUAAGUAAGCUGAACAUGAAGGACAAUCAGCUGACCUCUCUCCCGCUGGACUUUGGAACUUGGACUAGUAUGGUAGAACUGAACUUAGCAACUAACCAGCUCACAAAAAUCCCCGAGGAUGUGUCUGGGCUUGUUUCUCUUGAGGUUCUUAUAUUGUCAAACAAUCUCCUAAAAAAACUUCCGCAUGGAAUUGGAAACCUACGGAAACUCCGAGAGUUGGAUCUAGAGGAAAACAAACUGGAAUCCUUGCCAAAUGAAAUAGCUUACCUCAAGGAUCUGCAGAAAUUGGUUCUGACUAAUAAUCAGUUGACCACCCUUCCAAGAGGUAUUGGUCACCUUACCAAUCUAACGCACCUUGGGCUUGGAGAGAAUCUUCUCACACACCUUCCUGAGGAAAUUGGUACACUGGAGAAUCUGGAAGAACUGUAUUUGAAUGACAACCCCAAUCUGCACAGCCUUCCCUUUGAGCUGGCUCUUUGCAGCAAACUGUCAAUAAUGAGUAUUGAGAACUGCCCGCUCAGCCACCUUCCACCUCAGAUUGUUGCAGGAGGACCCUCCUUCAUCAUUCAGUUCCUAAAAAUGCAGGGACCAUACCGUGCCAUGGUCUGAUGCUAAUCGGAUUGUCCAAUACACUGUACAAAAUACAAACUGCAUUAAUGUUGUAAUUGUCUGCAUAUGUAUAUAUAAUAUAAUAUAUGUGGUUUAUAUUAUAUUAUAUAUAUAUAAAUAUAUAAAUAAUAUAAAAAGGCGAAUUUAAGACUGCAUUAUGUGUUUCUGCUAAUAGAGGAAUCAUAGCCAUUUAGAUUUUUUUUAUUCUGUAAAAAUGCUUGUCUAAGUUUUCUUUGCUGAAUUUGAUGGAUGGAUGUCUGAGUAAUCUGGAAAUGCCAUUUCAUUUAAAGCAAUUGCCAAUGAACUCAAAUUUAAGGGACAAAAAUAGUUUUGCUUAGAUUUGCUUUCAGUUAAGAGAAACAUGUAACCUUUAUAUAAUGAACUCUUCUGUUUUACUCCCUCUUUUUUGUGUCAAAGCCUGAAAGGGUCAUGUGUCCUGAGGUUGGGAUUUUCUUUUAACUUAUUUUGAGAUUUGAAGCAAAUGGUGUUUUUAUAUUGUUUACAGUCAGAGUAAAUCACUGGAUUUUGUUUUAUUUUGAUUUGCUCUGUUUUAAUCAAUCAUAUCUAGAAUUUAUAUGCCUCUGCUGAUGAAUUUUUAUCAACUGGUUUGUAUACUAAAGACAUAUUCUCAUCAGAACAACUGGCAGGUGAAAAGGAUGCAGUCAAAACAAAAAGAAAAGAAAAAAAAAGCUUGAAUUCUAAGUCUUGCUUCCCUGAGUUAUCAGUUGCAGGCAUAACAUAUCUGAACUGAGCCUUUUGCAGUUGGUCUUUUCUAGCACAAGUAAACCUUUUCAGACUGGUAAAAUCAUGGAGUAUCCUCAGUGAAGAGCGGUUUUCAUGUUGUGAAGUAACGAUUCCAUGAGGUCUAACAGAACAGUUAAGUGGCAAGGAAAUAAUAUAUAUGUACAUUUUUAUUACAAUGUUGAGUCAUAAACUACAACAGGCAAUUUUAAGGAUUCCUUCUAGUCCUUGUACAAUAAAUGAAUGUGUCUUACUUUUAAACACUGCAAUAUAUGUAAGUUUUAAGGUUGGUUAACAAUGUACUAUGGUUUUAUAUCUUGACUUGCCUUGUACCUCCUUCCAUUACGGAACUUCUGUGUCCAAGCACAAUAUCUUCACACUGUGCUGUUUUGCUGCUGAACUAAAUGCACUUUUCCCCACAGCUGGGGCACUUGCUUCAAAAUAUUCAGUUCAGUAUCUUGAUUAUUCUUUUUUAACUUCAUCCUAUCUGUUUCAGUAUUAAACUGAUCUAUUAAAAAAGAGGCACCUUUUUCAUUUGUGCAUAGAUUUUGAUAGCUCAAGAGAAACACUGUAAGUAGUGGACAUUCAGUUUUAUCACGACUUCCUUGGUUGCUCAAAAGGCAGAAGAAGAUGCUUCAGGGAAAUACACACUAUUGCUGCACUUGCAGGGCCAGUUGUCCUUUUCCAGGAGGGCAGGAGCUUGAGGCGGUUGCAUUCCACGUUUACUGAAGAGCUGUCCAGUCUGUAAUCAUUGGAGUUGCUGCUGGGGUAGCGUGGCUUAGAGGACUGUAUCUUUUGAACAAAAUGAAAUCAGCUGAUGCCAUGAGAAAUCUAUUUCACAUGCAGAAGCUUGGGAAAUAUUAUUUCUGGCUUUCAGGCAUGCUUACUUAUGUAUAUUGCCUUGAUCUAUUGUUUUUUUUUUUGGCAUUGCAUUCUGUUUUGUCUUACAUCUUUUCAUUAACAAGGAGUAAGUUUUAAAUGGAAGGCAGGUGGAGAUAUAAAACCUUAGAAGGCUUAAACAUGCUGUAAAACUGUUGUAGAUGUCACUGGAUUUUACUAAGUAAUUUUUUUCUUUCUCACACGUUCUCUCUCUGCCCCCCAUGCCCCCUCCUUUUUUUUUUUUUUUUUUUACAUCUACUGUAGCUUUUCAGUUUAGACUUUAGUUUAUAAAAGGCUGUUUUCUUACAGUUCUGCCUGAAGUUAAUCUUUCUCAGCAUUAAGGUGUUAAAAUAUGAAGAUGCUGAAGUGCAUAUUUUUAAGACUGUAAUCUAAUUUCUGGAUAUACUGCUAAACCCGUAUUUGUGCCCUCAGGUCACUAGGGGAAACUGGUUUGAGAAAUACGGUUCCUUAAAACAAAAGUGGCGACCCCUUGUGUUUUAAAGCAUCUUGGUCUCAUUCCCUGUCUGCUUCUCAAUCCCAUUUUUAUAAGAGCUGACGGGAUUUAAUUUGUUUAGGUUGUAAAUAUGUUGAUUAUUCACCUUGUUAAGGUACACGGUUAAUGACUGUAUGGUUGGAGCUGACCCUCUCUCACAUACGUUCUUGUGGAGAAGUUGGCUACCAAAAUAGUGCUCGUUACACUCGCUUAAAAACGUAGUAUUCUUUUCAUUACACUUAUAGGAAUAAAUAAAGCUAUGUUUUAAUUCAUUGCUAUAUUAAAAACAGGAUAUUUUUUCAAGCUAUCUUUGUACUAGUAUGGUUGUUGCAGUGCCAGAUAAUCCCGAUCCCUGUUUUAGAAGUUUAAUUUUAUACAUUCUGAGGUGAGUGCUCAUUUUUUCAGUGUCUCAGGAGGGAUUUGAAUAAAAGCAGUGUGAGAGAAGUUCUGGUACAAGAGAAAUUUAGUCAGAAAAAAAAUGAAACUCUUAAAACUAGCCUAAAGUUUACAUGUUAGAUGUGUGUCAUGGCUUGGGAGUAUGUGCAUAUAGAUCUCUAUAUGCACAUACGGGGAUUUAUAUCCAGAUCUAUUCGCAGAUCCAUAUAAAUCCAGCUGUUGUGACCAUUCAGAACAGUCUUAUAUCCUGACAUAAGACUUCUACAUUUGUCAGGAUGCUGGACUGUUAACUGGUGCAGUUUCUAAAUUGUAUUUAAUGCCCGAUGACAUUCAGUUGGACACAUGCUGGUUCAUACAUGUUUAAGUAUUUUCUUGGGCCUAGUCCAUUAAAGUAUGAAUGGAAAUAACUUCAUCCUGACAAGUGUAUGUAUGCGUACAUACAUAUAUGUGUAUCUGUGUGUGUAUGGAAGCAUAGACGUGGUGGUGAAAUGAACUCUUCAGGGCUCCUCCCAAAUAAGGAUGGGAAACAGGUGAUUCCCAGAUACAUUAAAUAUCCUAAAUCUUCCUUGCCCUACUGUUAUCUUCAAAAUAAUUUACAAGGGUUAUUGAGAAGUGUGACAAUCUUUACUCGGGUGAAUAUCAAGACCUUUAUUGCUUGCCCAUGGACAAAAUGUCAAUUUGUAUGUCUGCCUAUGUACAUAAAAGAAAAAGUGCAUAUACAGGUGGUCUGUAAAGACACUGUCCUGAACCACGCCUUGACUUCACAGAAGCUGAGUUACCGUACGGUAGACCAAACUGUAUUAUGGAACUUUGAUAAGGUCUAAAGCAGAUAAGGGAUUUAUUAAAUAAAGAAAAGAAGGCUUAAAUGCCAUUGUGACUCGUUUUGGUCACAUAUUGCAUUUAAAUUUACUAAAUAGAAAGUUGGUAAUUAUUAAGUUAUGUCCCUGGCGGUCCCAUAUUUAAUUUCCUAAACAAAUUUGUCUAGUAAAAAUGCAGUGGAAGUGCUGCAUGUAAAGCUGGGGUCACAAAGUUACGUGGUUGGCACUUUGUAGUUUGUCAGAUGUUAUUGGACACUUCUAAAUUCAUGCCCGCUUUUUAGAAAGAGAUUCGUGCUGUAGAAUAUUUGCUUCAGUGCCUCUUCGGGAUUUUAGGUUUUCUCUGCAGUUUUGUCCAUCUUUUGCUAAUGUUGUGUGAGUGCAUGUUCAGACUUCUUGAAGGUCGUGUUUGUACAUGAUUUAGUAAAGUAGUACUCGGACUGGCUGGCUGGUUAGCACUUAAACCCGUUGUGUCACCUGAAAUUCAAACAUCUCCAAUCUUGGGAGUUGGGAAAGUACUUUUUAUUUAAAUAUUAGAAAACUUCAUCAGAGGUUUUUUUUUUUUUUUUUUUUUUUUUUUUAAUUUAAACUUCUGAAUCAGUGCAAACUCGUAGCUGGGGAGUCUUCAUACCUGGAUACAACAAAGAAUUUUCAUAUAGUCAGUAUCACACCUCAGUUGUAUCAAAUUAGCACGCCAGAAUAGCUUCUAAUUAGAUCUGCAGUUGGCAGUAAUUUGCCCAACACGAACUUCAAGGCACAGUAAGGACAAUUACAAACAAACGAUAAUAUCUGCAAGUGGUUUUUGUUUUUAUGCUGGCAGAGAUCAGAAAAUUAUGUUUAUUAUUCUGAUGUUUAGGUCUUAACCAGGACUGCACAGGACUUUUGCUGUGGAAAAAUACCAGACCACGCUAAUUUUGUGGUUACAAGCUAAACAAGAGUGUAAACAGUCUACAAAAAUGUACUUUUAAUCUGAAUUAUUGUAAUGUUGAUUGUUAUGUCUAUAUAAAAGAUUGCCUUGCUUUUUU